AUGCCCUUUUCUGGUGCAACCGGACCCUCCGAGGAAUUGCUCUGGAGCUUAAGGCCAGCCUGCAGGGAAAUGGAGUCAAAAGUGUCUGAAGGUGGGCUGAAUGUCACCCUCACCAUCCGGCUGCUGAUGCAUGGCAAGGAAGUUGGAAGCAUCAUUGGAAAGAAAGGAGAGACCGUGAAGAAGAUGCGUGAGGAGAGCGGGGCGAGGAUCAACAUCUCGGAGGGAAACUGCCCCGAGCGAAUCGUGACCAUCACCGGCCCCACCGAUGCCAUCUUCAAGGCUUUUGCCAUGAUCGCCUACAAAUUUGAGGAGGACAUAACCAACUCAAUGAGCAACAGCACUGCUACCAGCAAACCUCCAGUGACACUGAGACUGGUUGUGCCAGCGAGUCAGUGUGGCUCGCUGAUCGGCAAAGGAGGCUCCAAGAUCAAGGAAAUCAGGGAGUCAACAGGUGCUCAGGUUCAAGUGGCAGGGGACAUGCUGCCCAACUCCACAGAGCGGGCGGUGACAAUCUCGGGGACACCCGAUGCAAUUAUCCAGUGUGUCAAACAGAUCUGUGUGGUGAUGCUGGAGUCCCCACCAAAAGGUGCCACCAUUCCCUACCGCCCAAAGCCCGCCUCCACCCCUGUCAUUUUUGCAGGUGGUCAGGCCUAUACAAUUCAGGGACAAUACGCUAUUCCACACCCGGAUCAGUUGACCAAGCUCCACCAGUUGGCUAUGCAGCAAACCCCCUUUACUCCCCUUGGACAGACCACCCCCGCUUUCCCUGGAGAAAAGCUGCCCUUACAUUCCUCCGAAGAAGCUCAAAAUCUGAUGGGCCAAUCAUCAGGUUUGGAUGCCAGUCCCCCGGCCAGUACUCAUGAACUCACCAUUCCCAAUGAUCUAAUAGGCUGCAUAAUUGGACGCCAAGGGACCAAAAUCAAUGAAAUUCGGCAGAUGUCAGGAGCACAGAUCAAAAUCGCCAGCGCCACGGAAGGGUCAUCGGAGCGCCAAAUUACCAUCACAGGAACCCCUGCAAACAUCAGCCUUGCUCAGUACCUCAUCAACGCCAGGCUGACGUCUGAGGUCACUGGAAUGGGCGCACUCUAA